CUCCGCGGCUCCGCAGCUCACGACCGCCCGCCCGGCGCCGGGCAAUGGCGCUGCUGCGGGACGUGUCGCUGCAGGAUCCGCGCGACCGCUUCGAGCUGCUGCAGCGUGUGGGGGCCGGGACCUAUGGCGACGUCUACAAGGCCCGCGACACGGUCACGUCCGAACUGGCCGCGGUCAAGAUAGUCAAGCUAGACCCAGGGGACGACACCAGCUCCCUCCAGCAGGAAAUCACCAUCCUGCGUGAGUGCCGUCACCCCAAUGUGGUGGCCUACAUUGGCAGCUACCUCAGGAAUGACCGAUUGUGGAUCUGCAUGGAGUUCUGCGGAGGGGGGUCCCUGCAGGAGAUUUACCACGCCACCGGGCCCCUGGAGGAACGGCAGAUUGCCUAUGUCUGCCGAGAGGCACUGAAGGGGCUGCACCACUUACAUUCUCAGGGGAAGAUCCACAGAGACAUCAAGGGAGCCAAUCUUCUCCUCACCCUCCAGGGAGAUGUCAAGCUGGCUGACUUUGGGGUGUCAGGUGAGCUGACGGCAUCUGUGGCUAAGAGGAGGUCUUUCAUUGGGACUCCAUACUGGAUGGCCCCAGAGGUGGCCGCUGUGGAACGCAAAGGAGGCUACAACGAGCUCUGUGACGUCUGGGCCCUGGGCAUCACCGCCAUCGAGCUGGGCGAGCUGCAGCCCCCUCUAUUCCACCUGCACCCCAUGAGGGCCUUGAUGCUCAUGUCGAAGAGUAGCUUCCAGCCGCCCAGGCUGAGAGAUAAGACUCGCUGGACCCAGCAUUUCCACCACUUCCUCAAGCUGGCCUUGACCAAGAAUCCCAAGAAGAGGCCGACAGCAGAGAAGCUUCUGCAGCAUCCAUUCACAACCCAGCACCUCCCUCGGGCUCUCCUCACGCAGCUGUUGGACAAAGCCAAUGACCCCCACCUGGGAACCCCCUCCCCAGAGGACUGUGACCUGGAGACUUACGACAUGUUUCCAGACACCAUUCACUCCCGGGGGCAGCACGGCCCGGCCGAGAGGACCCCCUCGGAGAUCCAGUUUCACCAGGUGAAAUUUGGCGCCCCACGCAGGAAGGAAACAGACCCACUAAAUGAGCUGUGGGAGGAGGAGUGGACACUGCUGGGAAAGGAGGAGCUGAGUGGGUGAGUGAGGCAGAGGGAAGCUA